GCGGCCGGCUACCCUAGAAGCGUGAGGGGCGGGCGCCCAGGCCGCUGGCGGGGGCGCGGCUGGAGCGUGUGGGGCGGGGCCGGCGGGGCCGACGGGUCGGGAGCGCGGCAGUCGCCCCGGCUGGUCCCACGCUGAGCAGCCGCUUGGCCGGCUGUUUCCUGCAGCGGCUGCAGGGGUGGCCCCGGCGCGCGGCCCUUCACCAUGUACACCUUCGUGGUGCGCGACGAGAACAGCAGCGUUUACGCCGAGGUCUCCCGGCUGCUGCUCGCCACCGGCCACUGGAAGAGGCUACGGCGGGACAAUCCCAGGUUCAACCUGAUGCUGGGAGAAAGGAACCGGCUGCCCUUCGGGAGACUGGGUCACGAGCCUGGAUUGAUGCAGUUGGUGAAUUACUACCGGGGCGCCGACAAACUGUGUCGCAAAGCUUCCUUAGUGAAGCUCAUCAAGACCAGCCCAGAACUGGCUGAGUCCUGCACGUGGUUCCCGGAGUCCUAUGUGAUUUAUCCAACUAACCUCAAGACCCCAGUUGCUCCAGCUCAGAAUGGAAUCCACCCACCAAUCCACAGCUCCAGGACAGAUGAAAGAGAAUUUUUCCUUACUUCUUACAACAAAAAGAAAGAAGAUGGAGAGGGCAAUGUUUGGAUUGCAAAGUCAUCGGCUGGAGCCAAAGGUGAAGGCAUCCUCAUCUCCUCAGAGGCUACAGAGCUGCUGGAUUUCAUAGACAACCAGGGCCAGGUGCACGUGAUCCAGAAGUACCUUGAGCGCCCUCUGCUGCUGGAGCCAGGCCAUCGCAAGUUUGACAUCAGAAGCUGGGUCUUGGUGGAUCAUCAGUAUAACAUCUACCUCUACAGAGAAGGUGUGCUUCGGACUGCUUCAGAACCGUACCAUACAGAUAAUUUCCAAGACAAAACCUGCCAUUUGACCAAUCACUGCAUUCAGAAGGAGUACUCGAAGAAUUAUGGAAAGUAUGAAGAAGGGAAUGAAAUGUUCUUUGAGGAGUUCAAUCAGUACCUCACAAGUGCUUUGAACAUUACCCUGGAAAGUAGUAUCUUACUACAAAUCAAACAUAUAAUAAGGAGCUGCCUCCUGAGCGUGGAGCCCGCCAUCAGCACCCGGCACCUGCCUUACCAGAGCUUCCAGCUCUUCGGCUUCGACUUCAUGGUGGAUGAGGACCUGAAGGUGUGGCUCAUCGAAGUCAACGGCGCCCCUGCUUGUGCUCAGAAGCUCUACGCUGAGCUGUGCCAGGGCAUCGUGGACAUAGCCAUAGCCAGUGUCUUCCCGCCCCCGGAUGCAGAGCAGCAGCAGCAGCAGCCCCCGCCGGCCGCUUUCAUCAAGCUAUGACCGAGGGAGGUGCCCCGAGCUGCCUUGGAAGAAGCAGGAGGGGGCCCUGGCCCGGGGAAGGAAAAACUCGAUACCAAGCCAAACAGGAGGAAGAGCAGCAACUUGCAGAGACACGACCAUAGAAGAACAGGCAGCUUCCCUGAGGAGUGGUCACCCAGGGUUUCUGGGUGUCGCGCUCAGCACUGCUACUGAGAUUCAAAACCGAAACAAAUUUCUCUAAGGAGAGAGCAA